AUGUCCAAGAACGCCAUUAAGUCCGUCGUCAACGCUGUGACAAAAUUAGUCCAAAAAUUCUACCCAAUAAGAUUGGCUGACAAGUCCUGGGAUAACACCGGAUUACUUGUUGAUUCCAGUUCUGAAGAAGUUCAGAGUGAUGAGAUCCGAGUGUUACUUACAAUUGAUUUGACUCAGGCUGUUGCCGAAGAAGCCAUUCGGAAAAGGUCCAAUGUAAUUAUUGCGUACCAUCCCUUCAUUUUCCGUGGACUUAAAUCCAUUACGCCCGUUGAUCCACAACAGAAAUCGCUAAUUAGAUUGAUUCAGAACGGAGUUAGCGUUUAUUCUCCGCACACGGCUGUUGAUAGUGCCAAAGGCGGAGUUAACGAUUUCUUAGCCGAUGGGAUAAGUGAAGGAUUGGGUGGUGAAACUGAAAGAAUCCCCAUAGACCCAAACCCUAAUGAAGAAGGUUGUGGGAUGGGAAGAUUGGUGACUUUGUGCAAGCCAGCACCUUUAACUUCCUUGGUGAAAAAUAUCAAGACAUCCUUAAGUUUGGACACUGUACAAGUGGCUAUAGGUAGAAAUCACCACAGGGAAACGCUAAUCAGCAAAAUAGCCAUCUGUGCUGGAUCCGGAGGCUCAGUGUUUAGAGGUGUGGAUGCCGAUUUAUAUUAUACUGGAGAAUUAUCUCACCAUGAAGCAUUAUUUUUCACUGAGUCUGGUAGUUCUGUUGUUGUAUGUAAUCAUUCCAAUACUGAAAGGGCUUUCUUGAAAGUGUUUAAAACUCAAUUGGAACAGGAAUUACAGGGAUCAGAGGUCAUUAUAUCUGAUAGUGAUAAAGACCCAUAUCAAUCAACAGUAGUAGCAUGUCCUGACACUGACUAUGUAUUUUUAUAUGGAGGGUACGAUGAACUUGAUAACUUAGACAGCAAUGUGUAUCUACUCAAUCUUAAGACCAGCCAAUGGGAGAUCGAUGAUAAGCACGUUGGAUUAUACCGAGAGGGACAUCUGGCUAUAUAUUUAGGUGAUGGCAAUGUACUUGUAUUUGGCGGAGUACCUCAAGAUGAAUUCCCGGAGACCGCUACAGGUGCUAGCACUUACUCGAACUUUAAGAAAGAUAGUUUGAUGAUGAUAUACAAUGUUAUGGAACGGAAAUGGCAAGGCCCCCCCGCUCAACUGUUACUCAAUGCUCCGUCUUCUCGCUCAAGACACGGGUGCUGUCUUUCGGAAGAUGGGACCAAGUUCUAUAUUAGUGGAGGUUUGGUUAAUUCUGUUCCACUUAAUGACCUAUAUGAAUACGACUUGACCACGGGCAUAUGGAGCGGACCAAUUGAGUUCACAGCACGAUUCGACCAUUUUAUUACCGUGUUGGAUAACAAAUUGUAUGCCAUGGGAGGAUUAGAUAAAGACAUGAACCAUUCGGAUCGGUCGAUACUUUAUUAUAAUUUUGCAGACGAUACCGUUGGCUCUAUUAAAAUCAAACUGGACAAUUCGACAAUAACAUCGAUAACAUCAUUUAGUCCAAUUGAUCAUGAAACAGCAUUUUUGGACUCAUUAAUCAACAGAAACGUUAAAUUAAAGAUAUGCAAUACUGAAGAAAAUGAUAUUAGGGGUUUGCAAUUAUCUUACACCAAUCUUGUGGAUUACGAUUUCAUCACUAUCUUUGGUCAUUCAGGUCUCGCUGCUUUGUUAGGAGAAGAUGAGUCUCCUUAUAAUGCUUAUAGUUUCCAUUGGAGGAAACCUUUUGUACUGUCUAAUGGUGGCUUCUUAUACAUUUUGGGCACUCAAAGAACCAUAUCUCCUCGUGAGUCCCUCUUCGGUAGUCACUUGCAACAUCAACCAUUGAACAGUGAUGGUGAUAAUGAAAAUCGUCAUUCAAGUGACCAACGAUUGAAGUAUCUCCUUCAAAUCCCCAUCAAUAAACUUGGAAUCUCAAGAUUACCCUAUAAAUAUUCAUCAUCUUCUCCUUGUGGAUAUGGUAAAUUGCUAGAUGAUUUUACUCAACUCCUUCAAGCUGGAAAGUAUACCGACUUUGAGAUCCAAAUGUUUGCGUCUGAACAAGCCAGUUUGGAGUAUUCGGAUGUACCCUUUGGGCUGGUCCCUUCACAACAUAUCGAGUCCAUUGGAGUCCAUAAGGCCAUUUUAGCAGCCAGAUGGCCUCAUUUCCAACGAAUUCUAGAGAGUGGAAUGUUUGAAACCCUGACAAAUCAAAUGCAAAUCCCCGAACCAAGCAGUUGGGUCCGGGGGUUCAUUUGGUAUUUAUACACUGGAGAAAUGGACAUUGAAAAUUACGUUAAAAACAGUGAUUUGUCAACGUUUGGUGGGAUCUUGGUGCUUUCCAACUUGUAUGAAAUGCCUGACCUUAGAUGUGAUGUUUUAACCGUUCUUAAUAGGAAAUUGCAAUAUUUCAAUAAUACUUCAGUCGACAAUUUGAUUAAACUUUGGAAGGUCCUUUUGGUUGCAAAUGAAUCACUUUUGCUUGAUAGAACUACAUACCUUCUAAAGAACUUUUGGCCCGAAGUAAGUCGUUGUAAAGAAUUUGCAGACUUACCCAAAAACCUAAUAGUCAAGCUUUGUCAAGAAUGUUCAGGUCCAUCUUUCAACCCUUUAGAUGGUUUUAGAAAUUCCCUUCUAACUCCAAGAUCAGAUAGAAUAUCUGUUAAUUCAUUAUCAGAUGAAGAAACUCCUGCUAAAAUACGAAACAAUUCACCAUUCCUAAAACAAUCUCCUAUUAGUCCCGUACGACAUAAUUCAAUGGACCCUCUCUCGUCUUUCCCAACACUUCAAUCACUUCCAGAUGAAGAAGACUAG